GAGAACUAAAAGACCCCAGUAAAGCCAUUCCUAAGGGAACACUUUAUGCUGUGAUGUUUAGUUUUACAACUUACUUCAUUCAAAUCAUUCUGGUUGGAGGUUCAUGUGAUAGGUGUCUUCUGCUGAACAACUAUAUUUUCCUACAAGAAAUCAACCUGUGGAAGCCGUUUGUUCUGAUUGGGAUAUUUGCCGCCACGUUGUCUGCUGCUCUGGGUAACCUGAUUGGAGCCUCCAGGAUUCUUCAGGCCCUGGCUAAUGACCAUUUGUUCUGGUUUGUUUUGAAUCCUGCGUCUAUCACCACAAAGUCAGGAAAUCCUUAUGUUGCAGUUCUUAUAUCAUGGUUUCUGGUACAAUUGGUACUGCUAGUUGGUUCUUUGAAUGCAAUAGCCCCUGCUACCUCUGUGUUCUUUCUGAUGUCCUAUGCCUCAGUGAACUUAGCAUGUCUGGCCCUGGAGCUAGCUUCAGCACCUAACUUCAGACCCACCUUUAAAUACUUCACUUGGUACACCUGUACCCUGGGUCUGAUUGGGUGUAUACUGAUGUGUUUCCUGAUCAGCCCUAUCUACACCUCGGCAGCCAUUAUCGUGAUGCUGGUGCUGGCCAUUAUCCUUCACUUCCGCUCACUGCCCACACAAUGGGGCUCCAUCAGCCAGGCUCUUAUCUUCCACCAGGUAAGAAAAUACCUGCUGAUGCUGGAUUCAAGGAAGGCCCAUGUCAAGUACUGGCGUCCUCAGAUCUUGUUAAUGGUGGCUAAUCCACGCCAGUGUUCAGAACUCAUCCACUUCAUUAAUGACAUCAAAAAAGGAGGGUUGUAUGUGAUUGGUCAUGUCAAACUAGGAUCCCUGGACUCAUAUAUGAAAGACCCAGUCGUGGAGGAAAAUUCAAAAUGGAUGGGGCUGAUAGAUUAUCUCAAAGUGAAGGCAUUUGUAGAGGUUACCAUGGCAAAUACCGUUUCGGAGGGUCUUCAGCACUUAUUGAGGCUGUCAGGGAUGGGGGGUAUGAAGCCCAACACCAUUUGUUUUGGGUUUCUGGAUGAUGCUAAGCCUAAAGAUAUGCUGAGUGUUGAAAAUGUGGGAAGGAAGCGACGCUUUUUUACUCGUUUGGAAAGUGGAAAAAAGGAGAGCAUUGAUAACCUGUUCAUGAAUGUAAGAGGGGAGGGGGAUCCAAGAAAUGUAUCUUCUUUAGAGUAUGUCAAACUUAUUUCUGAUUCAUUAAAAAUGCAGAAGAAUGUGUGUUUAUGCAGACAUUUUGAUCAGUUAAGUAAGCAGUCUGUUGUAAAUUCCAAAAAGCCACUGUUCAUUGAUGUUUGGCCAGUGAAUCUUUUCCGCCCCGACACCGCCAACUUCUUUGACAAUACCUGUCUGUUUAUGCUCCAGCUGGCCUGUAUUCUAACCAUGGUGCCAGGCUGGAAAUCCAAAACAAGUCUACGAGUUUUCUUGUGUUUAAAUGCGCAGACAGAUAACACUCUCCAAAAGCAACAGAAACUGGACUGCUUUCUUCAGCAACUCAGGAUCAAAGCUUCAGUGAAAAUAGUCACCUGGGACCACCUAGUGCAACAUCUACCUGUCAUGUCAGGUAACAGCAAUGGAAAACUGAACCUGAUGGAGAAAUUCCACCCAGUGCCUGCUGAAUUCAUCAGUGCAAUAAACCAAAUGAUUAUUUCUUACUCCAGUACCACUGCAGUAAGUUUUCUAUACCUCCCCAUACCCCCGGCUGAAUCCAGAGACAAUGAAACCUAUCUAAACAGCCUGAAAUUGUUGUCAGAAAAUCUCCCUCCCACCGUGUUUGUACAUGGGUUGCAUCCUGUGACUUCUACCACUCUAUGAUGGUUUAUAAUUCAGAUAAUAAGAUAUAUUAAUUAAUUAAAAUAGGGAAUUAGUUUUGUCAUCAUUUUCAUGUAGAUCCAUCUUAUCACUGGUAAAACUUCAUCUUUGAAACUUUUUUGUACUGCUGUAAGUGCAUAAAAAAGUAGUUUUUAGCUGGAAACCACAUUCCAUUGUAUUUGUGUUUUAUUUUAAAACGAACAAAAUGGCUGUGAUAUUAACGUGUAUGUAAAAAUAACUCAUCAGUAAGGUUUCAUUAUAGCAAUAUAAGUGCAAUGACAAUAUAUGUAUGUGUACAAUAUAGAAGUUCAUGUUAUUAAACAAGAGAAGAAUCAAUUCUUGAUAGUAAAGUACUUAAAGAUAAAAGUGGUAUGUAAAAAAAUACCUCUGACUUUUAUAUUCUGUGUUUUAUGCUGAUCUUUGUGUAUUAAAUGUUUUGCUCCCUAGUUUACUACAGUAUUUGUUCAUGUAUGUUAAUUUGGUUACAGUGUGUAUGUACAUGUAUGAACAAUUGAGCAAACAGUAAGUUUUUUCAAUAAAAUAAUGAAGUCAA